AUGGAGAGUUUCCUAGUCUCGUAUCCAAGCCUAUGUUGUGUUACACUGAUCAUCGGAUGGUUAGUGCAUUGGGCAUACAAAUGGGCAAAUCCGCCGUGCAAAGGAACCCUUCCUCCGGGCUCCAUGGGGUUCCCAAUUGUCGGUGAGACCUUCCAAUUGUUCAAACCAAGCCCUUCUAUCGGCAUCCCAAGCUACUAUCAACAACGACUGAAGAGAUACGGUACCCUGUUCAAGACCAGCCUGGCCGGGCAGCGUGUGGUCGUUUCCCUCGACCCUGAGGUGAACCACUUCAUCUUUCAAGAAGAGGGCAAGUUGUUCCGAAGCUGGUACACGGAGGCGACAAACAACAUCUUCGGCAAGAAGAGCGUCACCAAGUUCAAUGCCAAUGUCCACAAGUUCGUCCGGAGCUUCGCGUCCAAGCUCUUCGGCGUAGAAAACCUCAGGGAAGUGCUCAUCCGAGAGCUGGAGGAUGCCAUCAGGCAGAGCUUUGCGGCGUGGGCAGCCAAACCAAGCAUCGAGGUGAAGGAUGGGGUAGCUGAUAUGAUAUUUGACCUGGUCGCCAAGAAGAUGAUCAGCAUGGAACCUGGUGAGUCAAGAGAACUGAGAAAGAACUUCGAGGACUUCUUCCGGGGGAUGCUAAGUUUCCCAAUAUACUUUCCUGGGACAUUGUAUUACAAAUGCAUGAAGGGAAGGAGAAACGUGCAUAGGAUAUUGUCUGAUAUACUGAAAGAGAGGCUAAGCACACCUGGGAAGAAACACGGCGACAUUGUUGACCUACUUGUAGAAGAACUGCGGAGUGAAAAGCCGCUAAUAGACGAGAAUUUUGCUAUAGAUGCACUUGCUGCCAUCUUAUUUGGCAGCUUCGUGACGGCAUCAGCAGCCCUCACCAUAGGUUUCAAGUUCCUCACUGACAACCCUAAAGUUGUCGAAACGCUUAAGGAGGAGCACGAAAUAAUAUUAAAGAAACGAGAAGACAAGAAUUCUGGAUUCACAUGGGAGGAAUACAAGUCCUUGACAUUCACUACUCAGGUAAUGAACGAGAUUACUCGAAUGGGUAACAUCGCACCUGGGAUUUUCAGGAAAACCCUGAAAGACGUGCAAGUGAAUGGUAGGUAUAUGCUUUCUGAACAAUUCUGGAAAAAAAGGAAAUUAUAG